AAGACAAGAAACGGAUAUAUUGGAAAGUCAAUAUCACCUCCGAUCCUACGCCUGAUCCUGCAAUUCCUUUUCCUCCGCUGUCAUCUCUUGAAGCGGUCUCUUUUUUCUUCCCCUUCACUCUUCUUCUUCUUCUUCCCAAUCUCCAGAUGGACGUCAUUCGCCGAAUACCCCGGGACAGUGUUGUCAGUCGUGUUCAUCAAUGGCUUCGAGCAACGCCCCCAAGCGGUCCUGCUGAAGAAGUCACACAAACGGAAUUCAAGGCAACCACCUCCAAACGCACAGACGCCGCAGCAGUCUCGCAUAUCCCAUGUAGAGCCUGUCGCGAAUCGGGCAUCGACUGCGACUGUCAGAAACCGCGAUGCUCGCACUGUCUUCACGAGCAGUUACUGUGCUUUUAUAUCCCCACAACAGGCGCGAAAAGGAGAACGGUAAGAAGAUGACGAGCGGCGGGUUUAACGAGAGAGGACGGGAGUCAAACCACUGACUCGAAGAAGGAAAAAUGCUGGCAUUUUUUAUUUAUAGCUU